GAGAGGAGGGAGGGAGCUUGCUGUUUGGGAGACUAGAAAGGAGACCAGUGAGACUAAAGCCAAGUGAACACGGGUCGGCUUAGUCUGAGCUGGGGCGGGAGAGGGGUGAACCAAUCAUGGAGAACCUUGCUAGCUGGGGUGGAGUCUGAACUCCAUCCCCAGGUGCAGGAGAAGCCAUUGGAGACACAUAGAGAACUGGCGCGGUCUGCACACGCUCAACGCCGUGGACAUGGAGCUGUACACUGGCCUCCAGAAGCUGACCAUCAAGAACUCAGGACUUCGGAGCAUCCAGCCCAGAGCCUUCGCCAAGAAUCCCCACUUGCGCUAUAUAAACCUGUCCAGUAACCGGCUCACCACACUCUCAUGGCAACUCUUCCAGACGCUGAGUCUUCGGGAAUUGAGGCUGGAGCAGAACUUCUUCAACUGCAGCUGUGACAUCCGCUGGAUGCAGCUGUGGCAGGAGCAGGGGGAGGCCAAGCUGAACAGCCAGAACCUCUACUGCAUCAGUGCCGACGGCUCCCAGCUGCCCCUCUUCCGCAUGAACAUCAGCCAGUGUGACCUCCCAGAGAUCAGUGUGAGUCAUGUCAACCUGACCGUACGAGAGGGUGACAACGCUGUCAUCACUUGCAAUGGCUCUGGCUCGCCCCUGCCCGACGUGGACUGGAUAGUCACUGGGCUGCAGUCCAUCAACACCCACCAGACAAAUCUGAACUGGACCAAUGUACAUGCCAUCAACCUGACACUGGUAAAUGUGACGAGUGAGGACAAUGGCUUCACCCUGACAUGCAUUGCAGAGAACGUGGUGGGCAUGAGCAAUGCCAGCGUCGCCCUCACGGUCCACUACCCCCCACGCGUGGUGAGCCUGGAGGAGCCGGAGCUGCGCCUGGAGCACUGCAUCGAGUUCGUGGUGCGCGGCAACCCGCCGCCCACGCUGCACUGGCUGCACAACGGGCAGCCGCUGCGGGAGUCCAAGAUCAUCCGCGUGGAGUAUUACCAGGAGGGCGAGGUCUCCGAGGGCUGCCUGCUCUUCAACAAGCCCACCCACUACAACAAUGGCAACUACACCCUCAUUGCCAAGAACCCCCUGGGCACAGCCAACCAGACCAUCAACGGCCACUUCCUCAAGGAGCCCUUUCCAGAGAGCACGGAUAACUUUGUCUCUUUCUAUGAAGUGAGCCCCACACCUCCUAUCACUGUGACCCACAAGCCAGAGGAAGACACUUUUGGGGUAUCCAUAGCGGUCGGACUGGCUGCUUUUGCCUGUGUCCUGCUGGUGGUUCUCUUCAUUAUGAUCAACAAGUAUGGUCGACGGUCCAAAUUUGGAAUGAAGGGUCCCGUGGCUGUCAUCAGCGGGGAGGAGGACUCAGCCAGCCCUCUGCACCACAUCAACCAUGGCAUCACCACGCCCUCGUCGCUGGACGCCGGGCCGGACACGGUGGUCAUCGGCAUGACCCGCAUCCCGGUCAUUGAGAACCCUCAGUACUUCCGUCAGGGACACAACUGCCACAAGCCAGACACGUAUGUGCAGCACAUUAAAAGGAGGGACAUCGUGUUGAAGCGAGAGCUGGGCGAGGGAGCCUUCGGAAAGGUCUUCCUGGCCGAGUGCUACAACCUCAGCCCCACCAAGGACAAGAUGCUCGUGGCCGUGAAGGCCCUGAAGGACCCCACCCUGGCUGCCCGGAAGGAUUUCCAGAGGGAGGCUGAGCUGCUCACCAACCUGCAGCACGAACACAUCGUCAAGUUCUAUGGGGUGUGUGGCGAUGGGGACCCCCUCAUCAUGGUCUUUGAGUACAUGAAGCAUGGGGAUCUGAACAAGUUCCUCAGGGCCCAUGGGCCAGAUGCGAUGAUCCUUGUGGACGGGCAGCCACGCCAGGCAAAAGGCGAGCUGGGGCUCUCCCAGAUGCUCCACAUUGCCAGUCAGAUUGCUUCUGGCAUGGUGUACUUGGCUUCCCAGCACUUUGUGCACCGCGACCUGGCCACCAGGAACUGCCUGGUGGGAGCCAACCUGCUGGUGAAGAUCGGAGACUUCGGCAUGUCCAGAGACGUCUACAGCACGGACUACUACAGGCUCUUUAAUCCAUCUGGAAAUGAUUUUUGUAUAUGGUGUGAGGUGGGAGGACACACCAUGCUCCCCAUCCGUUGGAUGCCCCCUGAAAGCAUCAUGUACCGGAAGUUCACUACGGAGAGUGACGUGUGGAGCUUUGGGGUGAUUCUCUGGGAGAUCUUCACCUAUGGAAAGCAGCCAUGGUUCCAGCUCUCAAACACAGAGGUCAUUGAGUGCAUCACCCAAGGCCGUGUUUUGGAGCGGCCCCGUGUCUGUCCCAAAGAGGUUUACGACGUCAUGCUGGGGUGCUGGCAGAGGGAACCGCAGCAGCGGCUUAACAUCAAGGAGAUCUACAAAAUCCUCCACGCUUUGGGGAAAGCCACCCCCAUCUACCUGGACAUCCUUGGCUAGUGGUGGCUGGUGGUCACGAAUUCAUAUUCUGUUGCCUCCUCUCUCCCCGGCCUCAGACCCCUCCUUUUCCACCUCACAAACUCUUUUCCUCCAUCCUUGACUGAAGCAAACAUCUUCAUAUAAACUCAAGUGCCUGCUACACAUACAACACUGAAAAAAAAGAGAAAGGAAAAAAAAACCUGUAAGGCAGUUUGGCAUAUAUAUAUAUAUAUAUAUAUAUAUAUAUAUAUAUAUAUAUACACACACAUUUAUAUAUCUAGCUAUCUAUCUAUAUCUACAGAGAGAUACCUUUUUCUCUAAGACACAGAGAAACUGCUGAUACAGAAACCGCAAGACUGUAACAACAAUUCAGAAAAUCUUAACUGUUAUGAAUGCAAAUGAAAAUUCCCUUCAACGUAGGCUGUGGCCCGGGCUUCUAAUCAGCUCCGGCUUUUUGAAGCAGAAGACCUUGACGAUGCAGAGAGACAAUCUUCGUGUUGGGACGGGAGGAGCUGGGGUGGAGUGCCAGUCACUGCUGCCCAGGGGAUCCCCUGCGCAGGCGUGUUCGCCCCAAGCUCUGCACAGGUGCGUGGGCAGACCGCAUCGACCGGCUCAGCAAGGAAAUACCACCGGACCAGGGGCUUCCGGAACGCUUCAUGCUUCAUCCCCUGACCAUCACCUCCACGCCUUCCCCCUUUCCUCCACUUCAAGACAAUUUUCUAAUUGGUCCAUUCUAGAAGGUAGAGUCCUGAUGCCCUGGGGAGUCAGUCACGGCGCCUAUAGGUAAACGCUGAACAAAAAACAACAAAACUUGAGACCACACGACAGUGGACUACAUCCAUCUUGGUGUAAACCAGGCUCAAGUUCUUUCCUGAAUUUGAAAGAGAUGUGCCAUCUGUCCUCUGAACUUCAAGAACUGGACUUUCUGGAUUUAAAGAACCACAAAAGGAAAGGCUGAAAUGACCCCUAUCAAGGCACUGCCUCCCGUCUUUCCAUCACUGGAAGGCUCCUUGGCCUCACCUCCAGCAUUCAGGCUAUUGGGGAGUUGAGGGGGAGGGUGUCAGACAUCCCCCAUGCAGUCUGCAAAUGUGGACACAGCAGGAUUCCAACAGCAGGAGGCUUAAUUCCCUGCAGGUCUUAUAAGGUGUGCCCCUGUGGGUCCUCUGUUUCUCAGCCUGCCUCCCCUAGAUUCUAGCCCCCACUUCCUGGGCCUCUGCUAAGUCCCAGGUAAAGCCCACUGCCGGGGAAGGGAGCCAGGUCUAGCGAGAGGCCGGGGCAGUGCGUGUUUCAGGGAGCCAGGCCGUGGAGUGGGCAGGAGCCAGCAGGGGAGAAUCUAUUUGGCACCUGCACCCGGCCCUUUGGCAUUCUCCUCACGUUUCCAGCCCCUGGAAGGAUUGAUGCAUCUGCCUUUGAGCUGCUGUGAAAACGCAGGGGCUGAGAAAUCGCUUUUGUGGACUGGGGGCAGGGGGAGGGGCCGAGGCUGCACUCGGGUGUCCAAUGCCUGGCCACUGCUGCAGGCUUAGCAUCUUAAUGAGGACCGAACCCUGACCGGGGAGAGAGAAUGAAGCAUUUGGGCUGAGGCCAGCUCCCUCUGCCCCAGCACCAGGGGAAUCGCUGCCUUCCUGGCUGCUGCUGUCAAGGACUGCGACAGGGGUGGAUCUCGGGGCCCCCCGACACAUGACAACAAAAUGCCCUUUGAAACCGACAGCCUGGCCCCACAGAGCCCUCCCGCUGGGGAGGAGAAGAUGUGCUUCUCCCAGGCCACCGGCCCCUCCACCUCACCGCAAGCACAGACCACCGAAUGGACUGGCCUUUGUCCAGCGGGAGCCUCCUGGGGCCCCCGACCUGGUCCCCACCCUGCCAGCUUAAGGGACUGCCGGCAGCCUGGACGUCCGUCCUGGUCAGCUGCAGCGUGGGCAUCCUGGGUGGGGUUCAGAACAGCAGUCCACGUCUGUGCUUUUGCUUCUUUUUUUAGACCCCAGAUUCCCCUCGUGUCUAUUUUUACUGAAAUAGAAAAGAGCUGCGCUCAGACUACAUAGGCCACGGUGAGAUUCAGGAAUCUGUGGGGCCGCUGAGCUGGACGGGAUGGGGAGGGAGGUGAGCUAGAGUUUGGCGUGGGUUUUCUCACUGUACUGUGCUCCCAGCCCUGAGGACUUCAGAGGAGAGCUCUUUGGAUGGACCACCUCAAAGGAAUCCCUUGCUGUCCCUUGGCAAUUACCCCUGUUGUCUUUCCACCUGGAGGCUAUUGGUCUCUUCUGGGGCUGUUAAUGCUGGGUUGAACCAUGCAGUCUGGUUUUGCUCUAGACAACUAAGGAAAAGAUAUUCAAGGAGGGAGCAAUCUGGAAGGCCUCUGGGGGGAGGUGUCUCCUAGUUAGAUAUGAGGCUUCUUUUGCUGCCACAUCCUCCCCAGUACACUGUAUGGCUUCCAUCUUCUUGGCUGUGUGUCCCUAGAAUGAUGCUCAGAUGCUCUGGGAAGAAGGGAGGGUCUGAAGGGGUUAGUGGACAACUGGGAAUUUGGAAUGUAGCACGGUUUCAGCUCAGGGCCCUGAGUCAUCACAGCCUCAUGGAGGAAGGAAGUUCCUUUGAGAACAAGGAGAAUGGCUUUGUCAGAUUCCCCUCGUGUCUCCGUGUUGCCCUCGGGGUCAUGGCCUCGUCACAUCCCUCGGAAGCAGCUGCCUGUUGUCAGAGUCGGGAGACACUGGGAGGAGCAGAGAGAGAGGACCGGCUUUCUUACUCCCCUUGUUUUGUAGAGAGUCCUCAGUUUGACUUAUUAACCUCAGCAGGUGAAAAAAAUGAAAAAGCCUUUUUGAAGAGUGGAGGAGACAGAGAAUGGGGCGUUGAAGUGGGUACUCAGGGCUGUGGGCUGAGCAGAGUCAGUUGUUCCUUCUGUAGAGGGACAGGACUGCAAAAUGAGGGGUGUGCUUGUUCCUUUCUGGCCCCUUCUCAGCUCUGAAAUCCUUAGAUUUUAACAGCACUGAGUCUCUGUCCUUUUUUCUCAGUUCCACUCUGGACUGCCAGGACAGCCCUCCACAGGCCUUGGGUGGGUGGGGGCAGUUGCCCCAAAGGGCUCAUGGGCCUGGGCACAGGUGGGUUCCCAUAAGACACUCCUCUCCUCCUCUGUGGGUAGCUCUGUCAGGCCUAGAGGGAGCCUCCGAUCUCCUUCACCUCCCUAGCCUUCCUCUGCACCCCAAAAGCCCUGCUGAAGGGUUAUUUAUUUAUUUAUUUUUAAAGAACCCGAUGUGGUUCAGUGAGUCUUGAAAUGACAUCCCAUUAGCCAGUAUGGCCACUCCAGUCCGCUUCAUUCUUACUGUCCCCUACCAGGCUCCACCAGAACUCGGAGGGCGUGGCUCGAUGUGAGCCCCUUCAUGACCGUGGUGGAUGUUCUGGGCCCCCAAGGCUGAUCUCCCCACCAUGCCACCCUCACCCAGUCCCCACCUGGCCUGAGUGUGUGUGACUUGCUGUUGGAUGCCCACCUUGGAGUAGGAUGCCAUGGCCAAGGUUCUUUCUGGCUCUUCUUUACUUUGGACGUGAACCAAAUGCUGCCCUCUGGUUGUAUCCCUGACCUCUGAGUGGACCUUGAGGGUCACUAAGCCUCAUUUAGUUAAGAGACAAAAACCCGAUGCUUCCUCCACUCAGAAGACCAUGCACAAAUCAUCCCUGGAGAGAGGCUUCCCACUGGAGGCAAAGAGUCCUUGGUCCUUUGGGGUUCGGGUUGAACAUGACCGUCCUCUGGCGAUGCCCACUUUGCGGAAUACACUAGUGCAAGUAUUUUUGGUGCUAAAUCCUACAGAAACCAACACCACCAGGAGGGCUGACAGACAGUUUCUGGGGCUGCAUGAGCCUCAGCUCAGAAGGAAAAGUGAGUCAGUCAUGCCUGGGGAGUACAGGAUCCAUGGGAAGUUAGGUGAGAAUGUGGACUGGUGGACGGACCACUGAAACUCCUGGUUUGACUCUAGUUACACAGGUGACCUUGUUCAAGUCAGCUCAUCUCUCAGAUGAUCAGAUUUUUCAUCUGAGACAUUUAGAAGGUUGGAAUAGAUAUUCUUCAGGUCCCUCUCAGUUAAAAAUAUUAUGUCCUGGUCUCACUUUUUUUGCUUUUAUCGUGCUUGUCAGAAAUAAGAGAGAAAAUGAAAGAUAAGUGUGGAGGGGAAGGAGGAAAAGUUACUAAUGACAAGAAGUUGAUAUAGAAGGCAAAUAAGGAAGGCUCAGUGACUGUUAGGUCUGAGGUUAUUGGAGGGGGCAGGCAGACAAGCCAGGGACCCCGUGUUCAUGCUCUUCAAGGGACGCUGUCACCUGGCCCCUUGGCUGACCUCCACCAGCCUGUCCCCUUCAACUAGCCAUCCUACUCCAUUCAACACCAACAUCCCUAAAGGUGGAAGUAACUAGUCCACGAUAUGCAGUCAGACCUGCCUCCCUCUCAUGCAGGCCACUGACCAUCUGUACUCUGGGUCACAAUCCAACAGAUGUUUAACUGUAACUGCUAUUGUGAGGAGCUGGGACGUUGGAAAGAGGGCAGUGUUUGAAGUUGCAGACUCUUCGCCAGAGUUCUUCUCCAUUCAGGAAUGACAAGUGGCUUCUUUGCCCCACUUUUCCAAACCAAACAGCAGCAGUAUUAUUUUGACUCGAGAUAUGGUUACUCCAGUGGGAUUUGGGGUCUUCCCUGGGCUUUGCUCAGAGUCUGGAGCAAAGAAGCAUCUAUAGAGGUUUGUUGCAUGAGCCCAUGUGCUGCUGGUCUAGAGAACUGCCCUCAAACACCCCUGGGAUGUCAAUUGCCACCUUUGAUUGGGAGCCAACCUGCUAGAAUACCCUAUGGCGUUUGCUUUAGAACAAAAAUUGGUGCUGCGACCACCAUGUUUUUGGUUCCUGGAGCACCAGUAUCUUCUUUGAUACCAAUUGUUUUUUUUGGCCAACACUUAAUAAUUUUCAAAGAAAGAUUCCAAGUUUUUGUAUCAUCAUUAAGAUAUCAAUAUAUAGGCUUCAGAACAUGUUUUGAGAUUGCUUAAGAUCACUGGGCGUGUCAUCCUAAGGAGAAUAUAGUCCCACCCACGUGUGCUUAUAUCCAUAUGUUUAGUUGGAAUGGCUUCAGUGAAGGUCCCCUUGGAACUAGCAGAUUGACUCAUGAUGCCUGAUCUCUUCGAGCCUUGCAUUCCUCGGGGAAGAGAAAUCCAGGGAUGGACUGGCCUAAGAGACAUUCAGAAAGGUCCUGAUGGAAAAUCUGCCAUCUGAUAAAGUUUGGUCAUUUGGUGACCCCUGAAUUAAACUAUGCUGACAACAACAUUCUGAGCAUUGAACAUCACUCUUCCUGUUUGUCUGAUAGAUCACACAAAAACCAACCAUUUCUUCCACAUCACGUCCCAUCUGUUGGUUGCACUGCAGGUGACACCAACACCUAGGGGGGAUGGGACAGAGAGAAUGUGAGAUGUUGAUGGUUAUUCACUCUUUCUGAAAGGCACUGCUGACUGGACUGUGGUGGAUGUGGUGAAUAGCUGUGGCACUUCAUUGGGUAUAGGGGCUGUUGCUGUGAGCCUAGGCUGUUCCACCCUAAGGAUCUGUGUCUUGGCUUCUUACAGAGUCUCUGUUUCCCUGGUGCAUUCUUCCUAAUCAUAGUUACCUCGACUGCCUAAACAAAUUCUGUACUUUGCAACAAGAGAGCCUCUGACCCAAGUCUCAGUGUGCCAGCAUAGACACUUCUCUGUUUCACAAGGAGAUCCAAGGAGAUUUGCCCAGGGCGGGGAGUGGGGUGCUCAAAGUACUUGGAAUUCUUGGUCAAAGUAAGAAAAUUCAGAUUCCUCCCCCUCUUUAGUAACUACAUUUCAAAUUUAAAACAAGACCUGGUUUGAUACUCGCAGUGGGAGAUAAUGUCUUAAGCCUGUGUGCUGGGCUGUCUCCUGUCACGCAGAGGCAGGACAGUAAGCCCUAUUAAUUUUUCCUAAUCACUAAGGUCAACGUUGCUUUGUGUGCAGUGCCGUGGCCCAAGCUUGUAGCUUGUGGGAGAUACUUACAGUCAACAAAUCUAGAAGUUUCUAACAGAAGACGUAUCAAGGUAGUAUAGCUGAGAAAAGUCCUGUUGGAUUCUCUUUCUGAGAAAUACCGUGUCACUCAGGUCUUGCUUUUCAGGUUAACAUCUUAUGAGAGAAGUUGGUUUCCUCGCACUUGAAACACUGACAAAUUUAGCUAUCCUUCCUGAACAUCCAAAGGUGGAUUAAGAGCCUGGAUGCCUGCUGUGUACAUUCUUUUGGAUGCAAUGUCUCUAAAGCGCAAUGAGAAAUAUGAAUACUUAAGCCUGGUAGUUAUUCCUUCAUUUAAGAAGAGUACAUGGGAGUCAUAAAAACAAAUUUUGUAAUAUGUUAACAGGUAGGGCAUAUAUCAAUGAUUAGCUUCCUUCAAUCUUUUAUGUUUUCUUGGAGAAGUGUUAAUAUCCUAUCUCCAUUUAACAGCUUCCCCACAUUAGCGGAUGCCCCCGAGCCCACCUCUAAAGUGAAUAAAUAAGCCUGGUCCAGAUGA